UGAUAAUUACUUUUUGAACACAAAAAUCCAAUAUUUUCUCCCAAUCAGGUGUUUUCGAAUACCAAUUUGGCUGUUAACUCUCUGUUACCGGUAGCAGCAAGUUAACAGAGCCUAUUUUCGAUCAGCUGUUUGGGAUAAACAAAACCCGGCAGAGGAAAUUUAUUUUUCGAAAUCCUUAAAGAAAUGUUGAAAUUAAACCGGCGAUUAUUGAUGCAGCAAUGUCUGCGCCAUGCACACAACCAGGUGCGCGUCCGAUUCGCCCCAAGUCCCACGGGAUACCUGCAUUUGGGAGGACUGCGCACAGCUCUUUACAAUUUCCUGUUUGCCAGACAUUUGGAUGGAAAAUUCUUACUUCGGAUUGAGGAUACGGAUCAAACACGACUAGUUCCGGGGGCCAGUGAGCGGCUAGUGGGUGAUCUGCUCUGGGCGGGCAUUGAAAUUGACGAGGGACCCGGUUUUGGAGGUCAACUGGGUCCCUACGUACAAAGUCAACGCACGAUGAUUUACAGCAAAGCCAUAGAGGAACUUCUCCAGAAUGGCACAGCCUACAGGUGUUUUUGCACCGAACGUCGUCUGGAUUUGUUGCGUAAGGAGGCGCUAAGAACACGGCAAGUUCCACGAUACGAUAACAAAUGCCGGCAUCUCAAGACGGCUGAAAUCGAUUCCCUGCUGGCCAAGGGAACAGCCCACUGCAUUCGUUUUAAACUGACAGAUCACGAGGAACCACUGGAUGAUCUGAUUUACGGCAAAGUGUACCAUAAUGUCAGCGAUACAGAAGGUGAUCCAGUAAUCAUGAAGAGCGAUCAGUUCCCCACAUAUCACUUUGCCAACGUGGUGGAUGAUCACCUUAUGGGCAUCACCCACGUCUUGAGAGGAGUGGAAUGGCAGAUAUCCACCACCAAGCAUUUGCUGCUCUACAAAGCUUUUGGCUGGCAGCCACCCAAGUUUGGUCACUUACCGCUCCUUGUAAAUGCAGAUGGAACCAAGCUUAGCAAACGCCAAGGGGACAUUGGGAUCCAGAGUUUUCGGGAAAGAGGCUACUUUCCUCAGGCCCUUGUCAACUAUGUGGUUUCUGCGGGCGGAGGAUUCGAACAUAAAGCUCACGCCAAGCAGGAGUUGCUCACAAUGCAGGAACUCUUUGAACAGUUCCAUAUAGAUCGAGUUAACUCCCACCCCAGUCGGCUGAAUCCCGAAUUGCUAGAUGAUCUUAACCGUAUGGAAAUAACACAACGUCUAUCAAAUAAAGAAAGCCGCUUUAAACUGAUCCAUCAAGUCCAAGAGCUGGUGAAAAAAGCUUAUCCGCAGCACCCCAACCUGGAUCUAGCUGAGGAUCACAUAGUGGAUGUCCUGAAUUGGUCCUCACAGCGUUUAACACUAAUCCAAGACUUGACCAGCAGCAAACUAAGUUUCCUGUGGGUGAAGCCCUCCAAUUUCCAACUGAAGAAUAUGACGUCAGAGCAAGUAGAUGUCAUGCUUACAUUACUCAACGAAAUUCAAGACUUCCAAAAAGAAGAACUCAAUGUUAAGCUGAAAAACUUUGCUCAAGAACAGAACAUUAAAUUCCCGCUAAUGAUGAAAGCCUUAAGAGCAGCUCUAAGUGGCUUAAAAGAAGGCCCUGGAGUGGCGGAAAUGAUGGAGAUCUUGGGAAAAUCUGUUACCCUCGAAAGACUUAAAGAAGCGGUGCCCAAGGAAAGAAUUCAUUUAGAACAAAACCAGUAAUUCGGUUAAGUUUUGUUGUAUUAUUAUAUAGAUUUUACUGAUAGAUUAAUUAAUAUAAUAUAUUGAUAACUGUUGCAAUUUGAGAAUAAGAUCAAUGAGUAGACACCACAUUAAGAGUCAAAAUUAUGUAUGAUUAAUCUUCAUCAGUUUCAUAAACUAUUUUCUCUUCGUUCCA